AUGGCCGCCAAAGCCAUUACACGAGCUGCAGCGUUGACAAGAGUGGCUGGCCAGUCAGGUCGCAAAUACGUUGUUGAAAAACUGCUUCAGUCCGGAAGCGUGGGCCUCUCUAAGAUGUACUUGCAAUGUAUCGCCGGCAUGACGAAAAUGAUGAUUCUUUCCCACGACACAGACGAUGAGAAAGAUAUUGAAGCACUCACAUUCAAUGUUCCCCAACGACAGAUCUCGUUCUUUGCCGAUGAAGGUAUCUUCUCAAUUAUUAAGUGUCUAGAUGAGAAAGAGAACCCUUGGGCGUUUUCCUUCUUCACUAUAGUCAAAAGCUUCAGCAAGGACAGCCUGAGACGGCCAUUCAGAAAUUGCCUGUUUAACGAGCCUCUCGAUGAUGAGUUCGUAGAUAUCACCGAACGCAUGAUGAGAAUGGACCCUAGACUACGAAUUACGGCUGAAGAGGCGCUGGCACAUCCAUGGUUCGAUGACGUUGUGUGA